UCCAAUUCUUGAUGGGACCCUCUGAAGAGCCAUCCACUGGCUGGACGCACAAAGAAGCAGAGAUAGAAAUGGGUCCCCAGCCUGAGGAGUGGAGCCAGGGAUGGAAGCCUGGGGAGGGCGGUGCAGCCCCUUUGCCCCUCCCCCCAGCACUGUCCUUGCUACUUCUCUUCCCACUGGCCAGUGCCCUCCAGCCAACUCCACUGCCCUUUCCAGAACUGAGGUUGGUAGGCGGCCCAAGCCGCUGCCGAGGGCGCCUGGAGGUCAUGCACGGCGGUUCCUGGGGCAGUGUUUGCGAUGAUGACUGGGAUGUUGUGGAUGCCAACGUGGUGUGUCGUCAGCUGGGCUGUGGCCUGGCAUUGCCAGUGCCGCGGCCCCUGGCCUUUGGCCAAGGCCGAGGCCCCAUUUUCCUGGAUAACGUGGAGUGCCGGGGGCAGGAAGCUUCUCUGAGCGAGUGCGGCAGCAGGGGCUGGGGUGUCCACAACUGCUUCCACUAUGAAGAUGUGGCGGUCCUGUGUGAUGAAUUCUUGCACACACAGCCCCCAACAAGGAAGGUGCUGACUAGUGUAGCACCUGCUACAACCCUCCAAAACGGGAAAGGUGAGGGCAGCGUGCGCCUGGUGGGCGGCGCCGGCCCAUGUCAAGGCCGGGUGGAGAUCCUGCACGGUGGCCUGUGGGGCACUGUCUGCGAUGACGACUGGGGGUUGCCCGACGCUGCUGUUGUGUGCCGCCAACUGGGCUGUGGGACCGCCUUGGCCGCCACCACUAAUGCCUUUUUCGGCUACGGCACCGGACAUAUCUUGCUGGACAAUGUUCACUGCGAAGGUGGCGAGCCCCGCCUGGCAGCCUGCCAGAGCCUCGGCUGGGGCGUACACAACUGCGGACACCACGAAGACGCUGGGGCGCUCUGUGCAGCUCUGGGUCCUCCAACUUUCACUGCACCACCUUCCUUGGCCACGAAAGAAGACCGGGCAUGGCGCACUGAGCCAGCAGCUACAGGAGUUGGUGCCCUGCCUUCCAGGGAUACCAUGCGGUUCACCACGGCUGCCUGGGCCUCGGGAAAGAAGAGCGGCAGGCUGCGGCUGGUAGGCGGCCCGAGCCCGUGCCGCGGCCGCGUGGAGGUGCUGUACGCCGGGGGUUGGGGCACCGUGUGCGAUGAUGACUGGGACUUCGCGGACGCGCGCGUGGCCUGCCGCGAGGCGGGGUGCGGGCCCGCGCUCGGAGCCACGGGCCUUGGUCAUUUCGGCUAUGGCCGAGGCCCCGUGCUGUUGGACAACGUAGGCUGCACCGGGACCGAGGCCCGCCUCAGCGAUUGCUUCCACCUGGGCUGGGGACAGCACAACUGCGGCCAUCACGAAGACGCCGGAGCCCUGUGCGCAGGCCCAGAGGAGCUGGGACUCCAAGUCCAGCAGGAUGGUUCUGAGACCACCCGAAUGCCCAGUCCUCGGCCCAGAGAUGGGCACCUCCGCCUGGCUAGUGGAAGCCACCGAUGUGAGGGGCGUGUAGAGCUCUUCUUAGGACAGCGGUGGGGCACUGUCUGCGAUGACGCCUGGGACCUACGGGCAGCCAUUGUCCUGUGCCGUCAGCUGGGAUGUGGCCAGGCUCUGGCAGCCCCCGGCGAGGCCCACUUUGGCCCAGGCAGAGGCCCCAUCCUCUUGGACAAUGUCAAAUGCCGAGGAGAUGAGAGCACCUUGCUACUCUGCUCUCAUAUCCGCUGGGAUGUCCACAACUGUGACCACAGCGAGGACGCCAGUGUCCUGUGCCAGCCAUUGUGACACAGCUGGCUGUACACUCUGGAUCAUAUCAAAGGAGCCUAUUGGGGAACUGCCCCUCCUUUUCAAGGAUCCCCUCCUGUGAUUUCUGCAGUUCCUGGUGCCCCUUUAUCCCCUUGCAGGGGGGAGCUACACUGCAGUGCCCACCCCCGUCCUCUUACUGUGUGGCCUCAGACUGUUAUCACCUGCUAGAGGCCCAGUACAGUGAACGUGGUAAUGUGCCCAGUCAAAGCAGAUGUGGGAGAAUGACUCUCCUCUUCUCUUUGGGGAAACUCAUAUCGUACCCCCAACCAUUCUUCUCUCCACCCAUAUCCACAAGGCUUGGGCUCACGGCAAAUGCCCUUAAACACUUCUAAUGACCUGUUUUGGUCUCCCCCUCUCCCAAAAGAGGGGAGGCAGAAGGGGUUGGGCUGUUCUUUCUACAGACUGUCAGGGGACUGCAGAAGAUCCUAGGUCCUCACCUUCCCUGCUGGGUGAGGACCUGGACUCAGAUGGUGCUCGGCUGAACAAGGGGGCUUCAGGGGACAAAGCAGGGACAGGAGGAGCCCCUUCCUGCACCGUCUCUGAUUUCCACUGCCCCUGGCACAGAGCCUCCACUCUGCAGUAGCAAAGAAGCCUGGAGGCCUGUGGCCACUGUUCAUAGGUGCCAAGUCAAUAAAGCA